CCAGACGCAUGGGGUCCUCGGGUCCUCGAAACCGAAAUUAGAAGAAGAUAAGAAGCUAGCCAACGAGGUGGGACAGAAGACAAUCCAGUGGCUAAGCCGAAGCGUCCGAAAAACUGAUCUGCUUUUCUACUUUACUAUAUUUUUUUAUUUUGUUUGACAAAACAGCAGAGCCAGAAACAACACGUUGGAAAGGUCACUAUCACGAUACUUCAAACUACGGGAAUUGAAGAUUGAACGUGAAGUGUUGUUGGUUCUAUUUGUGUUGUAGCAAUGACAAGUUUGUUGUGUCGUGGAAGUUGGGGCUUCCUCGCGACUCGACUGCUCAAAUUUGAACCAGUGUCUCAGCUCAUCAGUGUCAAGUGGCCACUUGUGCGACAUUCCAGUAGCAGUAGCCACCCGAAAAUCUACACCCGAACUGGGGAUAAAGGGACAUCGGCCACGUUCACCGGCGAACGUCGUCGUAAAGACGAUGCUAUAUUCGAAGCUUUAGGGGCAACUGAUGAACUCAACUCUCAUGUGGGCUAUGCUCGGUCCUUGUUGCAGCACGAGGAGCUCAAGUACCAGCUUGAACGGGUACAGUGCCUGCUACAGGACCUGCAAGCUGCAAUAGCGACUCCCAAGUCAUCAGCCUCUGUUGGCCAGUUAGCAAAGACCUCGUUCCCACCUGAACACGUCGAGGAGCUCGAACACUGGAUAGAUCAGCAUAUGCAGCAACUGAAGACAUUACGAAACUUCAUCUUGCCUUCUGGAAGCCCUCCAAGUGCGGCUCUCCACGUGGGACGUUCCGUGUGCCGAAGAGCAGAGCGCAGAGUCACUACAUUGCUGCACUCCGGUGAGGUGGAUGAAGUUGUAGCUAAGUACAUCAACAGGUUGAGCGACUACCUUUUUGUGGCAGCCAGGAUAGCUGCUCAACAUGACGGAGCUGCUGAAGUCAUCUACAAGUGAUGUCUUCGCGAAUGUUAUUAGUAUAAUAAAUGAUAUUUCACUGCGACA